AUGCUUCGACCUCCAAAUUCAUUUUCGGGUAUGCUGCACAGACUGGCAGUAUGGCUAAUGCUCGCAUUUCUAUGUAGUGCUAUCAUCAGAUUUGUGUUAAUGCUCGAUCUCAACAAACGGGUCUAUAAUCACACUCCGGGUCCUUGUCGGAUUGUCACUGGAAUCAGUGAUGGAGCAGCAGGUCUCGAACUUAUCACCGAGAUGGAUCUAGUCUUUAUUUCUACUGGUCUUGCCAAGGCCUACGGUAAUGAAAGUGUGCAUACUGGUCUGGCUGUGAUCCAGCUCAAAAAAGAAAUGGCAAAACAUGAAGCAACAGCAAUCAAGAUCGAAGGAGAGCAGUUCGAUCAGAGAAAGUUCGUGCCACUUGGCAUCUCAGCUUACCACAGCAAAGGGCGAGUGUUGCUGUAUGUGGUGAACUCGCAUCCUGAGAGACAGUGCGUUGAGAUAUUCACUUACCACAAAGACAAGAAUGUUUUGUUCUACAGAAAAUCUGUGUGCGACGAGCGGUUCUCCAGCCUGUAUGAUGUUGUCGUCGUUGGUGCUGAUCGUUUCUUCGUUUCUAAUUUGGCUUAUAUGGGAAAGGGCAAACUGCAGACAGCUGAGCUCCUCAUGCAGAGCAGUUUUGGAGCGCUUUACUUCUUUGAUGGUCGAAAAGUCUCACUCCACGAAUCCGGUCUUUCGUCACCCUCAGCUUUGGCUAUUGACCGACAAAGAAGACUGAUUUUUGUUGGUUCACUGAUGAACGAGAAUAUUCGGGUAUAUAAACUGGAAAAGGACUAUUCGCUCACUUCUCAAACUCAGAUCACAUUACUAUCUUCACCUGCAAGCAUACAUAUUGACGAAAAGACAGGUGACAUUUGGAUAGCACUGCAUCCGGUGCUUCAUCAAGCCUUUAUGGUUGCUCUCUACCCUAGCGAUCAAAAUGUUCGCAGCUCGAGUCAAGUAUUGAGAGUCAGAAUACAGGAAGAUGGCAUCAGCUGGGUAAUUACCGAACCAUACGCAAAUGAUGGUGCCACUAUCUCUGCUAGCAACGCUGUGGUUUACAAAGACGACCACCUACUCAUCGGUUCAUUGUUCGGCCGCCUCCUGCACUGUGACGUACUAAACCCUUCAAUAACCUAA